AUGAGGCUUCUAAUGUCUUCUUCGGAUCAAGAUGAAGGUGAAAUGAAGAUAUUUGCUAAUUGGAUACUUGAUGUUGGAAAUGGAAAUAUUGGCUCUGUUGUUGGUGAUGAAUUAGAAGUUAAAAUUUCAGAUGAUCUAUUGAUUACAACUACUGAUGAUCCUCUCUCUCAUUUGGUAGACUUUGCAUAUCCAAAUUUGUUGCAAAACAUAUCAGAUUACAGGUAUUUUCAGAGUAGAGCAAUUCUUGCACCCACACUUAAGAGUGUCGAGAAGGUAAACAAUUUUGUCUUGACAAUCUUUCCAUGGAUGGAAAAGGAGUAUUUGAGCUCUGACACAACAUGUCAAGCUGAUGAGAAUGAAGAUGUAAAACAAGAGUGGUUCACACCAGAGUUUCUAAAUGACAUCAAAUGUUUGGGACUACUCAAUCACAAGUUGACUUUGAAGCCAGGAGUCGCUGUAAUGCUACUGCAAAACAUAGACCAGACUUCAGGUUUAUGCAACGGGAUAAGAUUAAUAGUUAACAAACUUGGCAGCAACGUAAUUGGAGCGACGGUAGUGACCGGUAGAAAUAUUGGAGAUAAAGUGUACAUUCCAAGAAUGAACUUGAUCCCUUCAGAUUCAGGAUUGCCAUUUAAGUUCCAACGGAGACAAUUUUCAUUAACAGUAUGCUUUGCAAUGACCAUUAACAUGAGUCAGGGUCAAUCAUUAUCACAUGUACGGCUUUAUUUGCCAAAAUCAGUGUUAACCCAUGGACAACUUUAUGUUGCUUUGUCAGGAGUUAAGAGUCGCAGUGGCCUCAGGGUUUUAAUUCUAAACGAAGACGGCAAUUCAAAGUCAUCAAUAACAAAUAUCGUGUUCAAAAAGAUUUUUAAUAAUAUUUAG